AUGGCUGCAGACGAUGAGAGCCUCACUGAGAGAACAGAAGGAGAGGUCUGGGUACCUGGUGACUGGCGUUCAGUGGAGCAACUCACCGGAAUUACGACUGCGCAUUUGCUGAGUUCUGGUACCGGGCUCGUCACACCUAGCAGCAUUUCGUACGUCAUCGAGUACUCGUUGAAAGAGGUCCUGGAGCGGGUUUCGUCUGAUUGCGAGAUGAGUUACGGUGAAUAG